UUCACAGUUUCUAUUCCAAGGGGCUGUUAGUGAGCUGUUGUACGUGUCAGUGUAUACAUUAAAAUGGCAGAAGCCCAUAUUGCAUGGGCUCAGGACCAGUUCAGCUGUUCAAUCUGUCUGGAUCUUCUGAAGGAUCCAGCGGCCAUUCCCUGUGGACACAGUUACUGUAUGAGCUGUAUUACAGACUACUGGGAUCAGGAUGAUCAGAAGAGAGUCUACAGCUGCCCUCAGUGCAGACAGACCUUCACUCCAAGACCUGUUUUAAGUAAAAACACCAUGCUGGCAGAAGUGGUGGAGAAACUGAAGCAGACAAAACUCCAAGCUGCACAACCUACUGAAUGUUAUGCUGGAUCUGAAGAUGUGGAGUGUGAUGUCUGUACUGGGAGAAAAUACAAAGCUGUCAAGUCCUGUCUGGUGUGUCUGAACUCUUACUGUCAAAAUCACCUUGAACAACAUGAGAAUUUCUUCAAAAAUAAGAGACACAAUCUAAUGGAUGCCUCUAGACGAUUGCAGGAGAUGAUCUGCCCUCAACAUGAUAAACUGCUGGAAAUUUUUUGUCGUACUGAUCAACAAUGUAUAUGUUAUGCAUGUACAAUGAUGGAUCAACACAAAAACCACGAGACUGUUCCAGCUGCAGCAGAGAGAACUGAGAAACAGACACAUUUGGAAGAGACACAGAAAAAGUUCUGGCAGACAAUCCAGGAAAGACAGAAGAAGCUUCGGAAGCUGAAAGAGACUGUGGAGUCUCACAAGCGCACUGCACAGGCAGCAGUGGAGGACAGUGAGAGGAUCUUUACUGAGCUGAUCCGCUCCAUUGAGAGAAGCCGCUCUGAGGUGACACAGCUGAUAAGAGAUCGGGAAAAGGCUGCAGUGAGUCAAGCUGAAGGACUCUUGGAGCGACUGGAGCAGGAGAUUGCUGAUCUGAGGAGGAGAGACGCUGAACUGGAGGAGCUUGCGCACACAGAGGAUCACGUCCACUUCCUCCAGAGUUUCCAGUCUCUCUCUAUCACUCGCAGAUUUACAAACUCAUCCAACAUUAUUAUCAGUUCUCCUCUCUCCUUUGAUGAUAUAAGAAAAUCUGUCUCUCAUCUCAAAGAGAAAAUGGAGGGUUUCUGCAAAGAGCAGAUAGAAAAGAUAACUGGGAUAGUAACACGCAUCAAGAUGAUUCCCAAUAUUGACCACAAAACCAGGCAGGCAUUCCUCCAACAUUCAUUUCAAAUAAAUCUGGAUACAAACACAGUAAAUAAACAUCUCUGUCUGUCAGAAGGAUAUAGAAUGAUUACUUACACUGACACCGUCCAGCCGUAUCCUGAUCAUCCAGACCGUUUUGAUCAUUGGGAGCAGGUUCUGUGUAGAGAGAGUGUGUGGGGACGUUGUUACUGGGAGGUUGAGUGGAGUGGGAAUGAAGUCGAUAUAUCAGUGUCAUAUAAGAGCAUCAGCAGGAAAGGGCGGAGUAAUUUGUCUAGAUUAGGAAACAAUAAUCAGUCCUGGAGUUUGUACUGCUCUGGGUCUGGUUACAGUUGCUCAUUUUGGCACAAUAACAAAGAGACUAUACUCCCUUUAGACUCCAAUUCCUCUAGAAUAGGAGUGUAUGUGGAUCACAGUGCAGGAAUUCUGUCCUUCUACAGCAUCUCUGACACAAUGACCCUCAUCCACAGAGUCCACACCACAUUCACUCAACCUCUCUAUCCUGGGUUUUGGGUAGAUGAAGGAUCAGAAAUUAAACUAGAUGUGAUAAUUUAGAGAUUAUAAU